AGAAAAUUAUCUUAGGCAAAGAGUUUUGGCAAAAGGCCUCUGAUAUAAUUAAAGUGCAAGAACCCUUGGUGAAAGUUCUUAAAUUGGUUGAUGGUGAUGAAAAACCAACCAUGGGCUUCAUAUACGAGGCAAUUGAUAGGGCGAAGUUGGCCAUUCAAAAAGAUUGCCGGUUUUACAAAGACUAUUGGAAAAUUAUUGACAACCGGUGGAGUUUUCAGUUGCACCAAGAUUUGCACGCUGCUGGGUAUUUUUUGAACCCACAAUUUCUUUAUGGUGCCCCACCCUCUCCUGAAGUUGCUAGAGAAGUCAUGGAUGGAGUUAAAAAAGUGAUAACCAAGUUGGUACCCGAUAUAGAUACUCAAAUUCGGGCUAUUAAUCAAUUGUUGCUAUAUCGAGAUAGGCAAGAGACUUUUGGAACCCCGUUGGCUCAAAGGGCAGUAAAACAAACAAAUCCUGCUGAAUGGUGGAUUCAUUAUGGCUUGUGUGCUCCUGAGCUCCAAAGAAUAGCAAUUAGAGUUCUUAGCCAGACCACAUCAGCUUCGAACUGUGAGCGUAAUUGGAGCACCUUUAGCCUCAUCCAUACGAAAACAAGAAAUAGAUUAAAGUACAUGAGACUACAAAAACUUGUUUUCGUACAUUACAACAUGAGGUUAAAGUUAAGACGUCCAAUGAGAAGAAGCCAACGAGAAAUUGAAGAGGGUUUCAAUCCUAUCAAUUUGGAUUACAUUUUCGAAGAAGAUGAUCCUUUAAGUCAAUGGUUAGAGGAGAGAGAGACACCACUACUCGACGGUCAGGACAAUUCAAAUUGGUUAAAUGAAGAGGUUGGUGGUACUACAGAAGGAGGUGAUCAACCACCAAUAAACGCGCAUGAUGAUUCAAGUUCAAGUCCUGAACGCACACAAAGUGAUGACAAUCUUGGUUUGAGCCCACCAAGUGAUGAUGAUGGUAAUAGUGGUGCUGGAGCUGGGGUUGGGGGGUGGCAGUGGUGGUGGUGGAGGCGGCGGUGUAGAAUAUAAUUAUGGAUAUGAUACAGGGACAUCAUUUGGAAGGGAUAUAUAUCCUUCUGAUCCUUAUGGACUACAUGACAUACCUGAAAAUUAUGACUUGGGUAUUCCUCCAGGGAACCAAUCUUCACAACCCAGGAGGAGUGCUCGUGGUGACCCUAGCGAUUCUACUGAAGAUUCAUAUGGUGUGGUUCGUAGUUUUGGCGACUUUGGUUUAGAUGGUUCAUCAUCACAAUCAUAUGGAUCUCAUCCAGCAUAUCCACAUUAUGCAUCUCGUGACUCACAUUUUUAUCCCAGUGGAUCAGGAAUCUCAGGAUCUAGUGAGUCUUCUUCUACACACUACCCAGAGCCAGCCCCUGCCCCAACUUAUAGACAUUAUUCAGGAGAAUUUUCAUCACCAGUACAUUUUCAAGAGCAACAACAAAAUGACGCAAACUUGGGUUCAUUUAACUAUGUAUUUCCACAAGGAUGGGGAGAUAAUUUCCCAUCCCAAUCUCAAGAUACAGAUGCAAAUUAUGAAGACCCUCCACGUCAUUCUUUUUGGUGGUGACAUGAGUUAUGUUAUAAAUUUGUAAUAUUGUAUUCAUGUAUUUUCAACUAUUUAUUGAUAUUUGAUAUUAAUCACUUUUUAAAUUCAUGUAUAUGUAAUCACUGUAAUGUGUAUAUUGAGUAUUAAGUCUAUUGAGUA